AUGUCGCUCACAAUCCCAACGAAUCUCGUUCUGAAUCCGAGAUCUAACAAAUCUCUCUCUCAAUCGUUACCUAAAUCCACCGCCAGAUUCGUCUGCUCCGAUGACAAAUCCGCCGCGACGACUCAAACCCAGCAAUCCAUGAAAGCUUUCUCCGCUGCGGUUGCGCUUUCCUCCAUCCUCCUCUCAGCUCCGAUGCCAGCCGUCGCUGAUAUCUCAGGUUUGACUCCUUGCAAGGAAUCGAAACAGUUCGCUAAGAGAGAGAAACAACAGAUUAAGAAACUCGAAUCCUCUCUUAAGCUUUACGCUCCUGAAAGUGCUCCUGCUCUUGCUCUUAAUGCUCAGAUCGAGAAAACCAAGCGCAGGUUCGACAACUACGGGAAGUACGGGCUUCUGUGCGGUGCGGACGGUCUACCACACCUGAUAGUGAACGGAGACCAGCGGCAUUGGGGAGAGUUCAUAACUCCGGGGAUUCUUUUCCUCUACAUUGCGGGAUGGAUCGGGUGGGUUGGAAGAAGCUACUUAAUUGCGAUAAGUGAUGACAAGAAACCCGCAAUGAAAGAGAUCAUCAUCGAUGUUCCUUUGGCUAGUCGUCUCAUCUUCCGCGGUUUCAUUUGGCCCGUUGCUGCUUACAGAGAGUUGGUCAACGGCGAUCUCAUUGCUAAGGAUGUCUAA